AUGAUCGAGAGUACGAAAUCAAUCAAAUUGACGAUAAUACUGAUGCGAGCGAUGGGCUUAUGGUACAGCUCUAGCAAAUUAGAAAAGUUUGUAUCCAAUCUCAUGUUGUCUCUGGUGCUCGCGCUGAUGAUCUUCUCGGUUUACAUUCAGAGCCUAGAGCUGUUCUUCUCCAGAAACAGUAUCACGUUGAUAACGUUUGUUGCACCUCCCGCUGCGGUCGUUAUAACGGAGACUUCCAAACUGAUAGUGUUCGUCUCUAAAAGAGAAAAAGUGUCAAAACUGAACAAGCUCGUCGACCAUGAUUUCUGGAAAAAAUCUUACACCAGAGAAGAGGAACAAAUUUUCAACGAUUGCAACAAUUUCUGCUUCAAAUCGAUCACCACAUGCGUACUUUUUAUGUCAGGCACUUGCUCUAAUUACAUAAUUUCACCAAUAAUUGGAAUGAUAACGAAUAGUACUGGUAAAAGGGAAUUUCCAUUUCCAAUAAGAUUCCACGACGGGGCGUACGAAAGCCCAUUGUUUGAAUUGUUUUUUGUGCUGGAGUUUUUAGCUACACUAGCCGUUGGUCUCUGUAUCUCAACCUUCACGUGUUACUCGUUCGUCAUAAAUUUAUUCACAGCAACGCAGUUCCGAAUUCUCAAUUUGAACUUGCAGUCGCUUUGUGAUUUCGACGAGAAUUGCAAGGAAACUGAGAGAGAUAAAUAUCAGUUGGAAGCGUUGCAAAAACUUAGGAAUCACAUUAGAAGACAUCAACUACUUAUUGGCAUGACGAAAGAGAUCGAAGAUCUGUAUUGUUACGUAAUGUUGGAGCAGAUAUUUGGUUCCGUUUCGCAAACUUGCUUUCUCGGUAUACAAAUACUGUUGGUAAAGUCUACGUACCAACGCUCAUUCUUGGCUGUGAUUUUCCUUUUGAGCAGCUUCAUACAGCUUUACUUCUACAGCUAUUCUUCCGAGGCAGUUUUCGAAGCGAGCCAAGACGUCUCCCAAGCAAUAAGUAUUACAAAGUGGUUCAAAAUUACCCAUCCGAAAGUUCGCAAGGAGUUCAAGCAGCUGAUGAUGAUCGUGGCGAUCAGAGCAAGAAGGCCGUGCAUUCUUACUGUCGGCAAAUUUUAUCCUCUGUCGGUGUCUACUUUUACCUCGGUAAUAGGGUCAUCGAUGUCUUACUUCACGAUUCUACGUAAACUUAUGUAG